GCAGUYAGUUGGUUGAUUCUUUAUGUAGAUAUAUGGAUGAAACAUUCAACAGAAAUAUUAUUGUUCAAUGUUCCUCAGGUUUUUUCAUUGCCCAAAUACUUAGCAUUAUAGCUAAGUAUUUUGAGUAUUGUCUUUAACUUUACAUGGCAAAUUUUCAAGUUUUAUCACCUGCACGUUUUUCUCCAAAAAAAAAAAUGUUAAUCAUUACUUGCUGAUAAUAAAUGGAAUAUUUAAGGCUUGGGUUGCCUCACAACCCACAGACCUGUCCCAGGGAGACUGAAACUAAAAAUGGAGAUGACAAUAUUUUUUCCUGCAUUGCUUCUGAUCUGCUCUCUCUUCACAGCUCAGCUCCAAGCUGCAGACGACAAUGAAAUUAUUUCACAUUUAAGGCAAACAGAUGCAGUGAAUCUCCCAGGCAACCAACAAACCUUUACACAGGACAUUCAUGCAGUGCUGAGAGAGAUGAGCGCUUCAUUGGCUGGACUGAAGGUUGGUAUGGAGUAUCUACAGAGAGAUAAUGAAGCCAAGACAAAAGAACUGGACUUGAUAAAACAACAAUACCAAGAGCAAGUGACAAAAGUAAGGAAUCUUGAGCAGCGGAUCCAAGCUCAGAUAGGAGAACUGGUCAGUGUUAAAACCAGAACAAACAACACUGAAAACCAAGUGGAGGUUCUGAAGAGAGAAAGAGAAGUGAAACAAGUGGCUUUCUCAGCUUCCUUGAUGGCAUCAGGUUCAGGACAUAUUGGACCAUUUAACACACAGACGCCUCUAGUCUUCAGACAUGUUGUUGCAAAUAUUGGAAAUGCUUACAACCCAAACACAGGUUUUUUCAUUGCCCCGGUGAGAGGAGCCUAUCACUUUGAGUUUCACUUANUGGAUGAAACAUUCAACAGAAAUAUUAUUGUUCAAUGUUCCUCAGGUUUUUUCAUUGCCCCGUGGCAAAACUCAAGGAUUUUUGAUAACCACAAUCAUCAUACAACCUUCAGUGGUCACUUGCUUUUCACUGUGUGA